AUCCCGCACGUUCCUGCGUGUGUGGUAUCUCGCAGAAGCAGCCAAGAGAAGUGAGGAGGGGACUAAAAAUAAUCACGGCGCGCGCCGCGGAUAAUCCUUUUCCGGGCAGCCAGCCGCGAAAUUUCCCGAUAAGAGCAGCCGCGGGCGGCGCUUCCGCGUUUGGUUCGCCACACUUGCUUGCAGAUUAGCCGCUGCGGCUUCCCCUUCUCGACCAACUCCAAAAUCCGCGGCGUGCGUACCGGCCGUUCCGUUCCAGCUUCUUGUGCCUGUUGUGGCAAGAAGAAAUCCGCGCUGUUUGGGGCCUCGUUUGAGCAGGAGUAUCCUCGCUUUUUCCUGUUGGGAGUUCCUGCUUGCUGCUCUGCCCUUUCGUCGGGUUUCUUGGAAGAGAUUCAUGCUUCCUUCGUGACAUCUUGUCAUCUUUUUUGCUUGAUUUGCAUGGUUUUCUUGGGUUCUUGCCGGAGGAUUUGCCCCUUUUAGAGCUCGGAUUCCUCCGCAAGAUCCACCACUUCCGCAAUCAUUUGAGCUCGUGCGGUUCAAUCGUGGGAGCAUGGGACAAAAGCUUCUUCCGUCCUUGGGGACAAAAGCUUGUGCUCGGAUUUGACACCAUGCCAAGCAUCAUCAAGUAGACGCGAGCGAGCUUCUAGAACCUUCUGCUAGCUUCCUCCUGCCCACUCCCCGUCCACGCGACAUACAUACAUGGAGACGUCGACCGUCACCUACUCCUCCUCCUCGCCGCCCCCUUCCUCCUCGCCGCCGCAGCAGGCCGAGCAGGCCGCCGACCUCGACGCCGUCAGCCUCGGCCGCCUCAGCGCCAACCUCGAGCGCCUCCUCGACCCGGCCUUCCUCAGCUGCGCGGACGCCGACGUGGUCCUCGCGGACGACGCCGGCGUCGUCGGCGUCCACCGCUGCAUCCUCGCCGCUAGGAGCGGCUUCUUCCUCGACCACUUCUCCAAUAGGCUCGCCAACCCCGCCGCCGGCGAGAAGGAGAAGGAGAAGGAGAGGCCGCGGCUGGAGCUCGCGGAGCUGGUCCCGGGCGGGCGCCACAUCGGCCGCGACGCCCUCGUCGCCGUCCUUGGGUACCUCUACACCGGCCGCCUCAAGCCGCCGCCGCGGGACUCCGCGGUGUGCGUGGACGAGCGGUGCCCGCACGAGGCCUGCCGCCCGGCGAUAGACUUCGUGGUGGAGUCCACCUACGCCGCCUCCGGCUUCCAGAUCUCCGAGCUCGUCUCGCUCUUCCAGCGUCGUCUGUCCGACUUUGUAAACAUAGCUCUGGUGGAGGACAUAGUGCCCAUCGUUCACGUUGCGUCCACCUGCCAGCUCCAUGAGCUGCUCAGCCAGUGCAUUCAAAGGAUUGCAGGAUCGAAUGUCGACAGCCGGUACCUCGAGAAGGAGCUUCCAGACGAGGCAUUUGCCAAGGUCAAGGAGUUCCGGCGAUACUCGCUGCACGACGAUUCGGACGAGUUCAUCCUGGACCCUGAGCACGCCAAGAAGGUCAGGAACAUCCACAAGGCCCUGGACUGUGACGACGUCGACCUGGUCGGCCUGCUCCUGCAAGAGUCUGCGAUCACCUUGGACGAUGCAUUGGCCAUACACUAUGCCGCCGCCUAUUGCGAGCCCAAAGUGCUAGCUUUGCUCUUGAAGCUGGACCCUGCCGGUGACUGCGUAAACGUCAACCUGAAGAAUGACAGUGGGUACACACCAUUGCAUUUGGCUUGCAUGAGGCGGGAGCCGCAGAUCCUUCUCUCGCUUAUCGAGAAGGGCGCGUCCGUGGUGGAGAGGACGCACGAUGGGCGCGACGCGCUUACCAUCUGCAAGAGACUGACAACAGAGAAAGACUGCAACAAGAAGCUUGAGAAAUGCAAGGAGAGAAGCAAGGCUUACUUGUGCAUUGACAUCCUUGAGCAGGAGAUCAAGAGGAAAUCCUUCAUCUUCGAGGAGCUCCUUUCGGCAGAGGUUUCGGUCGCCACACCUUUGCUGGUUGACAAUUUCCACAUGAGGCUCAUAAACUUGGAAAACAGAGUUGCCUUUGCAAGAAUAUUCUUCCCUUCUGAAGCCAAGCUUGUCAUGCGUAUAGCACAAGCAGAUUCAACCGAAGAGUUUGCCGGUCUCACGUCAGCUAAUUUCAGUAAACUGAAGGAGGUUGACCUAAAUGAGACCCCUACAAUGCAGAACAGGAGACUGCGGGAACGCCUUGAUGCCUUGACAAAGACAGUUGAGCUAGGGCGAAAGUACUUCCCGCAUUGUUCGGAUGUUCUCGACAAGUUCCUCAUGGAAGAAUCCACCGAUCUGCACUUCCUUGAAAGCGGCAGUGCUGAGGACCAGUACACCAGGAGGACGCGCUUCUCUGAGCUCAAAGAGGAUGUGAGGAAGGCCUUCAGCAAAGACAAGGCCGUUGCAGCCAUAGCCUCAUCGACGUCCUCGUCUUCGCCGAGGGGUGAUGGAAAGGUUAGUAGACAUGGUCACAAGAAGGCGAGGCUGUCGCGGUGAUAUGUAUGCUCGAUGUCGCCAAGUCGGUAGGUUAACGACGGAUCCGUCGAGCGCAGGCGCGUGAUGGCUUCGGAGAGGUGGGGUGGGGGGAAGCUAGCAAGGUUUUGUUGACAGUUUGUAGUGCAGUGAAACCAUGUAUGUAGAUGUAUGUAACCAAGCAAGCAUAUCGGUUCUAGUUUGUUUGUUGCUUGGUGCAUUUCUUGUAGUUUACUGUGGUUUGACAUGUGACAGGCUUCAGUAGAUGAUUUUUAAUCGCC